AUGCAGACACUAUCACUCCUCUUCUUGCUUGGUGUGGCCGUCCGAUCAUCAUUCAUCCCAGAAUGUGCAAGCACAUGCGUGGGCGACGCAAUCGACAAUUCAUUAUGUUCCUCUGCGGAUACAGCUUGUAUCUGCGAGUCUAGGGGCUUCCAGUCUGACCUGCGUGCAUGCAUUGAGGUCAAUUGUGAAGAAGAGGAUCAAGAAUAUGCCAUUGCGCAUACCGACCAAUUCUGCGCAGCCGUACAAGGUCAUAAGCCAGGUCUUCGAGCUCGUGAUGCUGCACCAGAGCCGGAGCCUGCUGCCGCUGCAGAGGCAGAGGCAGAAGCGUGGGGACUUCCCGGUCGUUAUCAGAACGACCGAGGCGGCCGCCAGAGCUGGUGGAGAUGGGGACAGCAGCAGGGUAAGGAACAACCGCAUCAUGAGGAUGGGGUGAGGGAGCAUGGAGGCAACAAGUGGGAUGGUGGCCGCGAACAUCGUCCUAACGGUUACAACGGGGGCAAGCAUCACCAACCUACGCCGACCAAGAAGCAUCACAAGAAGCCGCACAAGCCCAAGAAGACUCAUCACAAGAAGCCUCAUCCAAAGAAGCCUCACAAAACCCAAAAGACGCACAAGCCCCACAAGCCGACCCAACCACCUCCACAUCCAUAUCCUCACCCAACACCGACACCAACGACUUUGUCGACCACAUGCACAACGACGAAGUCGCAGCCAGACAAGCCACAUACGCCCAUCUCUUAUCCUACUCAUUCAACUCGCAAACAUCACACAACCAAAACUCGCAAGCAUCACACAACCAAGACUCACAAGACGCACUCAUAUCCUACACAUACGCGAUAUUCUCAUACAACUCCGGUCACGGUCUAUUAAGCGCGAAAGGCAUGUCACGGUGUUGGAAGGUUGCAUCGAUCGCGUUAGAGCGAAAUUUCGUAUGAACGACUAUACACUCGCAGUCCC